AUGCCGAAAUCGAUGGCCAGUCUCGCCCCGAGCCUGAGCGAGGAUCUCGACUUGAUUUCUUACGUGUCGGAUGGUUCCGUGAGCUUGGAUGACAAGAUCAAAGCAGCCAGUGCACGGCUGAGUGCUUUGAUGGACAGCGGUGCAGCUGCACCUGGCAAAGGACGCAACAAGAAGGGCCACACCGAGCCCGAAGUCCAAGACGACGUCGCCCGCAUCCUCCAGUGCUACCAAUGGAAGUACAGUGCCAGCUACGAGGGUCACAGGGCGGAGUUUGCAGCCGGGGGGACAAGACGCAUGGCCCUGGUUCGCCAGUUCCUUGCUGCUGCUGGUGACAAGGAUGCCUUCGUCCGCCGGGUGGAGCACAUGCUCACCAGGAGCCGCAAGCAGAAGACGAAGAGAACCUUUGGUUGGUACACCAAGGAGAGGAUGAAGACUGGUCUGGGUUUCAGUGCGGAUCGCAUCAAAGCUGUCAUCGCCUACUGUACUGCCCCCGAGAGAAAGAAGACCCAUGUGCGAGACCGCUACCAGCACACGGUGAAGCUCUACUGGGUUGAGCAGGACUUUAUUGCCGAGAUCGAGGACGAGCAGGAGGAGAGGUUCCAGGACACCCGGGAGGAUGAGGAGUUUGAUGAAAGCGACCAUUCCGACUCGGGGAAUGAGAGCGAUGGGGUCGACUUGGAGUAUGAGAAUGCUUUGGAGGCUGUCGACAAUGUGGAGGAGAUUCUGGAGCAGGUCCUGAAGAUUCGGAACAAGUUGGAGGACCAGAUGGCCAAGCUCGGGAAGAUCAAGGAUGGCGACAGCCAGCAGGCUCUGUCUGCCAUGAAGAAACGUGCCGAAAAGAUCCUGAAGCUUCAUGAUGAUGUCGCCGAGCUGAAAGCCAACUUCGAUGCUCACAAGGAAAUCAGCUCCUUGAACAAGCACAUGACUGAGAUCGAGAAGGAGUGCACGUCUCAACGGUGCUCACUGGCUGUUAUGGAGGAGAGGAAGCUUCGGACAAUCUUGAAGCCCGUGAAGCGGGUUUCUGAGAAGGCUGUGACUGUGAGUGAGCAGCGAGCCUGUGCAGUGGCCGCAGCUUUCGCUGAAGAGUUGGCUGAAGCGGGUGCAACUGUGGCAUCCAGCAACUUUCUAUCUGAUCUGACUCGACUCCACCGCACGGGUCAUGAGCAUCGUCUGGGGGAGGUUUUGGAGAAGAAUGGGUUGCAGGCUAAAAUAUCCACGACUUGGGUGAAUAUCGGCAUGAAGAAAAAGCAUCCUGUGCUUCGGAUCCAAGAUUUUCUUGCCGGGCUUUCGAAGGUUGAUAAAGUUGGAGAGAUGCUUUUGCAGGGCCACAACUUCGAUGAUCUACGCCAGUUCUGGGAGUUGUUCCGGAACCAUCGACCUAACCAUCCUGCUUUUCAGCAUCAUGAGCAUCAUCUGGAGAGGUGUGUGCCUUUGUAUUUAUUUUGUGACGAGGGCACUGGGCCGAAAAAACGAGGCCUUCUCGUGUUGCAAUUCCAGCCAAUCUUGGCCAAAGGAUCACGAAGAGCCGAAGACAUCAAUCUCGCUGGCAGCACCUAUGUCAACAGAUUUCUGUAUUCUGUGUUACUUGCCAACACAUAUUCCAAGAGCAAGCUUCCUCUGUAUCGACUCCUGGAACAUUGGGCAACUGAUCUGGUUUCUGCUUUUCAUGACGGAGUUACAAUUUCUCUGGGAGGCAAAGUAAGCACCAUAUACCCAAUUGUCUUGGGCCUGAAAGGCGAUCUGGCAGGUUUGGUCAAAAUGGGCCGAUUAACGAGAAAUUGGUCUCGAGAUUCUCCAACGAAAGCCAAUCCACCUGGCAUAUGUCAUCUAUGUCAGGCUGGAAGAGCCGCCUUUCCGUGGUUUGAGAUUGAGAGGGAUGCCAAGUGGUUGAGGGACCCGAACGCCACAAGAGAUCGACCGUGGCAUCACCCCAGCCCUCUUACAAAGAUUCCUAGCGAUCUUACAGGGGGCUUCUUCCUCAUCGACACCUUCCACACCCUGCAUAAGGGUGUAGUCGGCGAUUUUGGGGCGAGCUCCCUAGCAGCUAGUCGCGAUUGUGUCACAUUUUUUAAGUUAUCUUUUGUGGACCUUUAG